AUGCUUAGACACGCGGCCCUCAAGCCUAGGUUCGCGGCUGUCCGCUCGGGCGCUGCGACUCUGGGCUCGGUACACGUCGCGGCUCGAUUGACCCCGGUCGUCCAUCGACAGCUGUCUACUUCGCAAUGCACGCAAGCUGCUGCACGAACUACCGUGUCGCCCAUCGCACAUCAGCGCAGGGCAUCCACCAUCGCCUCUUCCCCCGUCGAAGCCACGACGCUCAAGCCGCUACCUGCCAAGAUCCUCAUCGCCAACCGCGGAGAGAUCGCCUGUCGAAUCAUCCGCACCUGCCGUCGACUCGGCAUCUCCACCGUCGCCGUCUUUUCGGAAGCCGAUGCAGCCUCGCAGCACGUCAAGCUCGCCGACGAAGCGUACUGCAUUGGCCCCGCUGCCUCGUCCGAAUCGUACCUGUGUCAGGACAAGAUCCUCGCUGUCGCUCAGCGUACGGGUGCCACCAUGAUCCACCCUGGAUACGGAUUUCUCUCGGAAAACGCAGCCUUUGCAAAGCUCCUCGAAGACACGGACAGCAUCACGUUCAUCGGUCCACCCGCUUCGGCCAUCGAUGCUAUGGGUAGCAAAUCCGCCAGCAAAGAGAUCAUGCUCGCUGCCGGUGUUCCCUGCGUUCCCGGUUACCACGGUUCCGAACAAGAUCCCGAUUUCUUGGCUCGAGAGGCGGACAAGAUCGGCUACCCCGUGCUGAUCAAAGCCGUCAAGGGAGGUGGUGGUAAAGGGAUGAAGAUCGCCACGACGGCGGCCGAGUUUGCCGACGCACUGUCGUCGGCCCAACGCGAAGCUUUGAAGUCGUUCGGCGACCCCACGGUGCUCAUCGAAAAGUACCUCACCGCUCCACGUCACGUCGAAGUGCAGGUCUUUGCGGAUCGUCACUCCAACGCCGUGUACAUCUCCGAACGCGACUGCUCCGUCCAACGUCGUCACCAAAAGAUCAUCGAAGAAGCCCCCGCCCCGCACCUCUCCGAAUCCCUCCGCACCGAGCUCGGUGAAAAAGCCGUCGCCGCUGCAAAAGCCGUCGGCUACGUCGGAGCUGGAACAGUCGAGUUCAUUCUGGAUGCGGAACGACCCGAAAACUUUUAUUUCAUGGAGAUGAACACGAGGUUGCAGGUCGAACAUCCGGUGACGGAGAUGGUGAGCGGGUUGGAUUUGGUAGAGUGGCAGUUGGAGGUGGCGAGCGGGAAUCGGUUGCCGUUGUUGCAGGACGAGUUGAGGAUCGAGGGACAUGCGUUCGAGGCGAGGAUCUAUGCCGAGAAUACGGAUAAGGGGUUCCUGCCGGAUACGGGGAAGCUGGUUCACGUCAGGUUGCCACCGACGACCACGGUGGGUCACUCGAACGGUGCGAUGAUCUCCCGAGGUGGCGGGGAGGUCGCUUCCGAGGUCAAGGCGGAAGCGGUGGUGAGGGUGGAUACCGGGUUCGUAACGGGUGACGAGAUCUCCGUGCACUACGAUCCGAUGAUCGCCAAGCUCAUCGUCAAGGGGAGGGAUCGUACCGAGGCGUUGCGGAUCAUGGCCAACGCUCUGGAAAGGUAUCAGGUGGUCGGACCGAUGACCAACAUCCAGUUUCUCAAGAACUUGGUCCGACACCCCAAGUUCAUCGAAGGUAAAGUCGAGACGGGUUUUAUUGGCAAGUACGGGGAAGAAGGGCUGUUCGGUGAUCCGUAUACGAAGGAGGGUGAGUUGGAGGAGGCGGUGGCUCAGGGUGUGAUUUGGAUGUACCAACGCGAUCUCAGGGGCAACCUGGAGGACGGCAAGGGAGGUAUCUGGACGAAGCCAGAUUUCGUUUCUCUGGAAAAGCGCUCCUUCGACGUCUCGCACAAGACCUUGGGAGAGCUGCGCAUCGACGUCGUCCCCACCUCCCGCCACCCCAACGGCGCUGCCGAUCAGACGUACAACAUCACCCUCACCUCACCCUCACGCUCCACGGAGCUCACUGCCAUCCGCACCACCGGCUGCACCACCAUCCCUCACUCCCGCACCUCCCUCCACUACACCACCUUCCUCCCCACAGGCGUAUCGACCAGCUUCUCGCUCAUCCCGCCCACGUGGUUCUCCGCGAUUUCCGCGGCGGCGGGAGAUGCGAGCGCGGCGUCGAGCGAUGCACUGGUCGCACCCAUGCCGUGCAAGAUCGUCGACUGCAAGGUGACGCCCGGACAGACGGUCAAGAGGGGAGAGACGGUGGUGAUCCUCGAAGCCAUGAAAACCGAGAUCAGUUUGAAGGCCGGUAGGGAUGGCGUGGUGGAGAGCGUGAGUGGCAAGUGCAAGGUGGGCGGGCUGGUGGGCGAGGGGACGCUGCUGGUCAAGUUCGAGGCGGAAGCGGACGAGGGGGAGAAGACCGAGUAA